CAAAUAAUCUCAGACAGUUGGUUAUUGCUGUUGAUCGUCAUAGCCACACAGGGAUUUCUGUUUUCAUUCUACUUUCAAAUAGAAAUCAUCAGAACUUCCAACAGGAACCAUGGCCAACUCUGUUCCCUCCACCAAUGGCUUUGUGGUGGUCACUCAUUUGUACCCACAUCAAGGUGCCCAAAGUGUGACUUCACCCCAGAGCAGAGUUGAUUCAACUCCAUCCUCUAUGCUUGGGAAAUUCCUUAAAGGAGAACCAGCUGCCUUGGGGACAGUUCAAAUAAUGAUUGGCGUGGUUAUAUUCUUGUUUGGUAUUGUGACGACAGUUUCGGCCUCAACAAUAUCCUCUUACUCUGGUAUCAUGUUCUGGGGAACCAUCAUUUACAUCACUGCUGGUUCUCUCACAGUUAGAGCCAAUAAGAAUCUCAAUCCCUGUUUGGUCAAAGCAUCAAUGGUGAUGAACAUCUUCAGCACAAUAACUGCAGGGAUUGGCAUAAUUAUGCAUAGCCUUGAUUUAUCUAUCCCACUAUAUCCUUAUUUCCACUGUUAUGACGUCAGUUUUAAUUACGAUUGCUAUAUGAUCGAACAGAUUUACUGGACCAGGACAUUAGGGAUUGCUGGAGUGAUGCUGGUGUUGUCACUGCUGGAGUUCAUUGUUUCCAUCUGUGUAUCUGCAUUUGCCUGCAAAGCCACCUGCUGCACUACGACUCAGGUGCUAUACCAGGUGCCACCGUCUUUUACCACCUCCCACCUGUCUGCACCUCCACUGAACACCUCUGAGAUGCCUCCCUUCCAAAGCAGUGUGGUGCCACCUGCCCAUCCUGCUGUUGAUGGCCUGAAAGUUGGCAGACCUGAAGAUCUGCCCCCAAUAUACACUGUCCAAUAAUGAGGCAAGGAACAUCUACAGGGGAGGCAUUAUGUUUCUCUAAGUAUCUCUUUAGUGUCUUCAUUAUGUUGUCAAAGUUUAAGUGUAUGUAGGCACUAUUUCUGAAUACUCACUAUCAUCUAUUACAUUUCAACAGUAGUUAUCUAUAGUAUGGUCCAAGUGACUUUGCAUUCAAUUGAAAUAUUUUACAACAUCCUGGCCAGCCAUGGAAUAAAGCCACUAAUGUGUGUUGGAACAAACAUACAGAAAAACAUUCUGUAUGCGAGCCUCUCUCUUAGCAUUGAAUAUGUGAUUGACAAUUAAUUUAAGGUGAAGGGUAGACAAUACCAUGAAUUGAUAGAGAUCUAAUACAUCUAUUUAAACAAAGAGAUAAGGCCUGGGAAAAGUAUCGCCUGGCAAAGGACGUGGCAGACUGGACUGAAUAUAAGCACUUAAGAAAUGCCUGUACAAUGAAAACAAGGAAUGCAAAAUCCAAUUGCUAUACAAAUCAUUGUCUAAUGACAUCAAAAAUCCUAAACAAUUUUGGAAGAUACUUUCAUUUUUUCUCUCUCUUUUUAUAUCUUUUGGUUUUCUCUUGAUUUAGGCUAUGUAAAUAGAUUAUUGAGAACUUGGGGAUGGGGUGGGGUUGAUGGGGUGAGGGAGAGCUAUAGUCUGUAUGCGUGUGUGUGUUUGCUUGUUCUGUACUGUUGUUGUCUUUUAGAGGACCUCCUCGAAAACAAGAUGCUGCAUCUCAAGGGGUUAUCCUUCAAAUAAUAAUAAAAUUUGUGAUUAUAUAAGCUUAGAUUUUUUUCCACUUUACUAAAAUGAAUUGGAGUGUUACAAUGACAGAUGGCUUUAUUGCCUGUAGCAGCAUAUGAUUGCCAGUGAAUUCCAAAUGUAUACACAUUUGAUUAAAUAUUUGAUUCAAA